AUGCCGACUCUCCCAUGUCUCCCCACCGAGCUCAUCGAGCACAUCGCCUCGUACCUCGAUCUCUGCAGCACGCGCUCGCUCCGACUAACCAGCCGGCCCUUUCCCCCUGCACUAUCCCGCAUAUUCAAAGCCCGCUUCUUCCACCAGCACACAGUCACAUGGAGCGAGCAGAGUCUCAACAUACUCUUGGAAAUCUCAACGCACCCCACGUAUGGCGCGGCUCUGCACCACCUCCGCAUCGACGCCCCGCCCCGCCACUCCAUCCGCCUGUGGCAACUCCGCGAACAGCGAGUACACAGCAGCGUAGGACUUGGCGGCGAGUCGAGCGCCGCAGCGGUCGAAACAGAGGCGCAGCGUAGUCUCCGCCAGCAAUGUGAAGUUGCACAGCAGCAAAGCCAGCAGAACAGCACGUUUUUCAAGGAAACGCGCGCCGACCUCAAGAUACUCGGGCAUGUAUUUGAUAACUUGGCUGCUGCGAAUGCGCCGUUGUGCAAAAUCUCGUUUGUAUACAAGGGCAUUCCGCCCAUGAGCUACGGGUCCACGCGUGGGUAUUGCAUCUAUAGCCAGUGCGAAGUAUCACGGCCAUUUGUAUCGACAAUGGCAGCACUCGCAUCAUCUUAUUCCUCUUCCUCUUCAUCUGCACCUACACGACACAUCCGUCUCUCGAGCAUCGCCAUCGACAGCACGCACAACCACGGCGCCAUCAGCAUCGGGCGUCUAGAAAGCAUCGCCCCGUUCCUGGGCUCGUUUGACCGCGCCUUCGACUCUCUGACACAUCUCGCGCUGAACCUGCGCGACUGGCGCCGCAGCGAAGACGGAUUCCGCCCGUUUGACGCCUCACGCCCGCCAUUUGUCGUGCGGUUCCUGGCCAAAGCACGGAAUCUGCAUACGCUGCGGCUGAGCUGCUUCAGCACCAUUGAGCGCGACGUCUUCGCCUCGAUUGCUACGCACUGCCGCUUCGAGAAGCUCGUUUCGUGCCAGCUGGCCGUCAUGAGCAUCCCGCAUACAGAUUCCCUAUCUGCGUUUCUGCGCCCGGCUAACGAAUCGCUGGCGGAACUGUGCUUGAAGCAAAUGGAACUUUGGGAUCCAGUAACCACGUGGGCAGAGUGGCUGGCUAGUCUUGCAUCUGCGCCAAAAGACGACGACGACGACGACGACAACGACAACAACAACAACAGCAGUAGCUACACGGUUUUCCCCCGCCUGUCCCACAUCUGUGCUGCGGAUUUGAUCCAGGAGCACCGCGGGGAGCUGCGUGUUGCGGGACGCUCCAAGUUUUCCUUUGAAGACGACUGGCGGCCGGGCUUGAGAGACGCCAUGGAAAAGGCUACGACAAGGCCGUGGUACUCGCCCUGGGGCAUUGGCGAUAUGCAGUAUCCUUUUUUGCACAUGGCAAUAUAACGUUGUGUCGAUGGAU